GUCCCGAGUAAGGUUAAUAAUUGUACAUGAGACGUGAUCGUGACGUAAGGAAAUAAACAGUGCAGACGCAAUUUCUGAGGUAGAAUUAUGUCUCUGUCGAGUGCCGUCCGUGUGUUUUGGCGAUCAGCAUCAAGAGUUCAACAAUUAAACAAGUUCAGAAUCUUGAAAGGGUGCAAGAACACCUCCAUUUGCAAUGCAGAUUCGACAGUACACCAGUCAACGUGUCGCUUUUACACAACGGAAGUUGACCCAGAUAAUCCUAGAACAGUUCCAGAUGCCGAGUGGGAGAAACGUCUCACAGCGGAACAGUAUGCUGUUACCAGAGAGAGAAAGACUGAAGAACCUUUCAGUGGAAAUUAUUUGAAUCAUUUUGAGAAAGGCACUUAUCACUGCAUCUGUUGUGAUGUGGAGCUUUUUAGUUCUAACGCAAAGUUCGACUCACAUUGUGGUUGGCCUUCUUUCACCGAGGCGUACGGAAGUGUAGAUGGAAAUGAAUUGACUUCCAACAUUUUGCGUCGUCCUGACAACAGUAUUGGAAUGGUUCGCACAGAGGUUAUAUGUAAAAAUUGUGACGCACAUCUGGGCCAUGUUUUCAGUGACGGGCCGGCACCCACAGGACAGAGGUUCUGCAUCAAUAGUCUUUCACUGAAGUUCAAGUCUUACAGACCUUAGACCUGUGUAUGGUUAUGUGUCGUAAACAGUUUAUAAUCAAAAUAUGUGGCAAUCGUUUUGUUAUAAAAGACAGAGAGCCUUAUAUGGCAAGUGUCUAAUUUGGUCCCAUAAAAUAUCUUUCAAUUUUUUAAGAAUGUUUACUUAAUAGGAAAGAGAAUAUGUAAUUCAUGCCCAAGUUGAUAUUUGUUAAUCAUAGAAAGAUGUCUGUGAUAUUUUCCCUAGGGUUUUGAAACUUUGAUAAUUUAACAAAAAGGGACAGAAUUUUGUACUGGUUUUCUUUUUGAAAAUUUUGGGCAACUUUGUGAGUAAGAUUCAUGUUUUUAUAACACAUUUAUCUUUUACGGAUAUCCCAGUAUGUCAUUUUUAGAAAAGCCAAUGUUUUUCACAAAGUGGGUUAUUUUUUUAAAUAUUUUUUUUCCUGUAAUAAACAUGAAUACUGAUUGACAUGUUCAACAGAAAGUAGUCAAUAGUUCUUGACAUCAAUAACAAGAAGUGGCACAAGGUGGACUUGACAUGUAAUAAUGGCUUUGAAAAAGUAUAUUUAAAAUGUAUAUUUGAAUGACCUUGUGGUGACCAAACUAGGGUUGUUAUAUAUGACUCAUGGCAUCAGAACUGAGUUUGUCACCAAAAUAUGGCCAAAUCAAGAAAAUCAAUUUUUAGGAAACGCAUAACAAAAUAUUUAAAUUUUAUCUGUUAGUGAUAAUAAAGAAAGGUUAUGAUUCAUUUUUCAGCUGCAAUUUAUAUUUGUAAGAUGUGUGAUUUGUAUACAUAUUAUACAGAGGAGGACGUGAUAUUCAACUUGAAGUACGUGGAUGAGGAUCAUGUAUAUUGAGUAUUUUGUUUGUAAGAAUCUCUCAGUUCUUAAUUUAUUUUAUUCAUGCUUACAUACUAAAAGGAUAAAACUGAAUCUAUAAGCUUUACUUCCUGUGUCCAUAUUGGUUGUGUAGGACAGAAAUAUUUUUCACUCAAAUUUUAAAAGCUACACUAUGCCCUAUUGUUUUUGGAAAAAUCAUAUUAAACACUUUUGGAUUUGGGGAAUUUUUUAAUGUUGAAUUCUUUCAUCAUGUUCAUGUUUGAAAAAUUACACACAUGUAAUAUACCGGUAACUAUAGAUUUUCAUAACCAUAGCUUUGUUUUGCGAGCUUGUCACAUAAUGCUUCAAAUUCGUUAUGCAACAAGACCUGCAUGCACAUCAUUAAGUUGACAUUAUUCAAAGUUCUAAAAACACUUGAUUAAAUGAGGAAAACAUCCUGUUAUUGUCCAAUAUUUUUCUUUUGAAGAUCCUAUUUUCAUGAGUUGAGAUAAAGCUUUAUUCAUUUAUUCUCCUUGGAAAAUUUUGGCACCGUUUUGGGAAUUUGUGACAACUUCUGUGAGGGGGAAUAGCCUGAAUAAGGAGUAACUUCAUAUGUAUGAAAAACACUGGACUGCAAACUUUUGAAUUUCUUAAAACCUGUAAAUUAAGACAUUCAAGGGCUGACUGAUUAGGUGGCUUCUGUAAUUUGAUAGUCUAACAGUGAUGAAAUGAAAAAAGAAGGACACCUCCUCUCCCCCACCCCCCCAAAAAACAAGCCCGAUUUUGGUUAUAUUUUGAAACCAGCCUAUAUAUUGAUUUUAAUCUUGGUUGUCCUCAUUUUUGAACUGGAGCAUAGAUAAUCAUUAUAGUGUGGGUUAUUUUACCUUGUGGUUUAUUAUAUUAUACAAAAUUAAGAAUUGUGGAUCCUAUAUACAUUUUGUACAUUUUUUAAAUGUAAUUUUAUUUUUGAUUAUUUUUAUGUCUUAGGUCCCUAUAUAUUGAUUUUCAGAGAACUCGAGUAUUAAAUUGAUGUAUGCAUCAUGGCUGUUGUUUUCACAGCAUCUUGGGGAUAUGUUUGUCUUCUGGCUUAAAAAUCUUUUCACUGACUUGUCAAAAAACUUCCCAUAUUGUCAAAACAUUAAUUGUAUUGUGGUUGUUUGUUAUAUGAAGAAUAUAUCUGAUUUAUGUAUAAUAUAGUAAACACAAUGUUGUGAUUUAAUUUUUGUAUUGGUGCUACAUGUAAUAGUCAUUAUUGUGAACCCAAUUUUUUUCUGGAUUUUUCAUUUUUAUUUCCCAUCAGUGUUGUUGAACUGUACUGAUUUAAGUGUUUCUGCCAGCUCUUUGUGAGUUAAUAUUAAUGUCAAAUAGCUAUUUACAUAGUGUUGCAUGUUGUGGGCUUUUGUAAACUUUUAUUCUUUCUUCAGUAAUUCUGUCUUCUUAAACUUGAGGCCAAUUGGAACCAAACUUUACAAGAAUGUCACUUGUAUCUUCAUAAAAUCAUUGAAAAUCUAGUUCUGAGACUUGGGCCAUGGGAUGCAAAUUUUACAUCUGGAUGUUGGUGGAUUUAAUAAAGACCCAGACUAUAAUUUGUCAAAUCAGUGUGCAUACAUCUUGAUGUAGUGUAUAGAUUCAGGUUUCUUCAAACCUUUGUCUUUAGGUUCAGAGUGAGGCUACAAUAGAGUUAACAAGUUUUAUCUUACAAAAAAAACAGAUAGAAAAAAAUUAUUAAAAAAAUCCGAAGAGUGACCAAUUCAUGUACAAUGUAGUUCCGUCACACCAUUACUGCAACUCGGUUUGGAGUCUUUGACAAGGGCCCCAUAUUUCUGAGUGAUUCAGGUGAGCAUUGUGGUCCAUGAGCUUCUUGUCAAACAUAUGUAGUUUAGUUCAGAUUUCCCCUUCUUUAAACUCUGUGGUAAAGAAGAUGUAUUGAGACAUGGGGUGUUGAAAAUUGGUGCUUUGCAGAUUAUUUAUCUGAACAGUUGAUAGUGCCAUCAGUAGUUACUAUCCAGGUUUGAAUUUUAUUUUUAAAGUUAAUGUUUGUUUGGUUCUUUUAUGUUUUCUUUGGUUUUUCUAAGAUUAAUUUAUUUCUCUAGCUGUGUGUGUUUUGGUGUUGGUUUUUUUUUGGGGGGGGUGGGGUCGUUUGUUUGUUUUGGUAGUAAGUUUUUUUAAAACAGUAUUAAAUUGCAAAAAAUAUGACAAAUACACAGCACAUGAAAUCCAGUAUGUUUUGAAUAUUUAGUAUUUAGGAUUUUUUAUCAAAGUGAUUUUUUUUUACACAUUCAAUAUGUUAAUGUAUAAAAACUGAAGAGAUUUAUGCAUGGGAAAGUUUUGAAUUAUCUGGUAAAAUUGUUAUGAAUGUGAUUUUGUAAAUAAAGUUUAUAUCACAU